GGUGGUGUGUGUCUUCAAGAAUGGGGGUGUGUGUCACCAAGGAGCAGGGUUCACUGUGACUACAUCAGGUUUAAACCUUCCACAGAAGCGUUGUGUUUCAUUCUGCUUUAACCUGCUCUUUUCCUCCGCUCUCCUCUUUCUCUUUCUCUGUGUGUCCUCCUCAUCACCUCAUUUCUCCACAACAUCCUCACUUGACAAGACAAAGCUCCAUUCCAAUCAUCAUCUACACUCUUGAGUGAGACCAGCUCCUUCGAUUCGGCACAUUUUCCUCUCGGACCACAGCCGGCAAAAUGGAGGCGAUCAAGAAGAAAAUGCAGAUGCUGAAGGCAGACAAGGAAAACGCCUUCGAUCGUGCAGAGCAGGCCGAGACGGACAAGAAGGUCUCAGAGGACAAGUGCAAGCAGUUAGAGGACGAGCUGCUGGGGCUGCAGAAGAAAUUCAAAGGGACAGAGGAUGAAGUGGACAAGUACUCCGAAGCCCUCAAAGAUGCCCAGGAGAAACUGGAACUGUCUGAGAAGAAGGCGACAGAUGCUGAGGGCGAAGUGGCUGCUAUGAACCGCAGGAUUCAGCUAAUUGAGGAGGAGUUGGACCGAGCCCAGGGGAGACUGGCCACUGCGCUCCAGAAACUGGAAGAAGCAGAGAAAGCAGCUGAUGAAAGCGAGAGAGGAACGAAGGUGAUCGAGAGCCGUGCUGUGAAAGACGAGGAGAAAAUGCAACUUCAGGAGAUACAGCUUAAGGAGGCCAAACACAUCGCUGAAGAUUCUGAUCGCAAAUACGAUGAGGUGGCUCGUAAGCUGGUGGUUAUAGAGACUGAGUUGGAGAGAGCAGAGGAGAGGGCAGAGGUUGCUGAACUCAAAAGUGGAGAUCUGGAGGAGGAACUUAAAAAUGUAACUAACACCCUGAAGUCUCUUGAAGCCCAGGCUGAGAAGUACUCAGAUAAAGAAGAUAAAUACGAGGAAGAGAUCAAUGUUCUCAAUGACAAACUGAAAGAGGCAGAGACGCGUGCUGAGUUUGCAGAGAAAACUGUGUCCAAACUGGAAAAGACUAUUGAUGACCUCGAGGAGAGCCUAGCACAUGCAAAGGACGAGAACCUGAAUCUGAACCAAGUCUUGGAUCAGACACUUCAAGAACUCAACAGCUUGUGAAUAAAAAAAAAAAAAAAUGUAAAGCAUCACAACAAACUACAUUCCACAUGUGUGAGUGCGCGUGUGUGUUUGUGUAGGUUUGGGUGUGUUUGUGGUUCAAUUUUACUACCCUCUUGUGUUGCUUGUGUUGAGUCAUGCUUUUCUAUUUUUAAUCCACAUCCACCCAAACAUUUUCUUUAUGUUGCCAAAUGAUCCAUUAUUAUAUAUUUGAACACACAAGGUGAUGAUGCUAAUGACCGACUUGAAGUGUUUCUGAUGACGUUCACACCAGACAUGCCCAAAACCCAACCUUCACCUUUAACUAAUAUAUUUUGACCUGAAAUUCCACACAUCAGCUCAUCCUUUAGGCCCCGUGUUACCCCAUUCCCGGGACAGCCAUAUUGUUUCCUGCAUUGUUGUAUCCAGUCCACGUUCAUAUAUUUAGUCUGUGGACAAAAUUAUCACUCACACAUUUCAGGUUCUAUUUGAUUUACAGAUUUGAAGCAGGACAUCUUUAUCUUUAGUAGCUUGGGUCUAAAUUUUAAUUUUUAAUAUGAAGUAAAUGUAAAAAAAAAAAUCGCCUUUUUGGAAAUGAUGGAUCUGUUUUGUACUCUUUAAACCACAUUAAAUAAAAAUUCUGUUUGUUUA